AUGGGGGGAGGGAGAACCUGGGGGCUGCGGGUGACCACUGCCCUUCUUCCCCGCCUCGCACAGUCCUCAGUGAAGCUGAAGCUCAUCUGUGCCCAGGUGCUCAAGGACCUGCUGGGGGAGGCCAUCGAUUAUGAGAAGAUCCUGAAGCUGACGUCCGACGCCAAGUUGGAGUCCGGGGACGUGAAAGCCACCAUUGCCGUCCUCAGCUUCAUCCUGUCCAGCGCAGCCAAGCACAACGUGGACAGCGAGUCCCUGUCCAGUGAGCUGCAGCAGCUGGGGCUGCCCAAAGAACACGCCACGGGGCUGUGCCGAUCCUACGAGGAGAAGCAGAGCCCCCUCCAAGACAACCUGAGGGCCUGCAGCCUGAGACUGAGCCAGCUGGACUCGGUGUCCUGGAGGGUGGACUACACACUGAGCUCCAGCGAGCUGCAGGAGGUCAACGAACCCCUCGUGCACCUGAUGUUCGCUGUGCGGGACAGGGACAGUGGGGUGACGGAGACCGUCCCCAUGGCUGUGUCGGCUGACAAGUUCCGAGUCCUGCUGGCAGAGCUGAAGCAGGCCCAGGCCCUGAUGAAAACACUCCUCUGAGCAGCGGAAGAAGGAGCGAUUGCAGGAGCUACCCGCCAGUGAAUCUCAUGAAAGGACUC